CGCGUUCGUGCGUGCGUGUGUGUGCGCUUGCGUGUGUAACGUAGUUAAGAAAGUAUCGAGGAAGCUCGAGGAAGGCACGCGAGCGGAGGUGGACAAGAAUUUUGUUUGGCCAGCGGCGUUCCCGAGUGUCCGAGCGGAGGUUAAGAAGUCGAGGAGCUGAGACAGCCCAGUCGAGGUCGAGCGGAAGCCGGUCGCCCCGGAGCCAUUGUCGCCGUUCAGCCUUCGCCGAGGUCGUCGCCAGCGCUGCGGCAUGCCGCGCAGGGUCACGACGACAGCGGUGCCGACCCCGUCCUCUGGAUUCGAGCAUUGUCACCGGGAGACGGUCCUACUGUUCGCGGCGGCGAGGUGGAAGGCUGCCGCUCCGGAGUCGAGGAGCUGAGCAGACUCGGGCUUGGUCGGUGCUGGGGAGAACGCCGUCGCGAGCCAAGAUCUACACCAGAAUGCAGCUCUCGGUAGACGUGAGACAAUGGCCGUGAUUGGCGAAUCCAGGUUUCAUCCACAUAUUCCAACAAAAGAAACUACGGAACGUUCCAGUCAUCGUAAGAAAGAAAAGACAGGCUCACAAAUUGGUUGUCACCACAGAAGGAGAAGGGUCCGUAUUACCCUUGAGAGCACAAUGUGUUCCCGAGGGAUAGAUCAGGGUGAAUUCAGCGAUUCGGAAGAUGUCUAUCUUGAUACAGAUCCACUCAGAUACGAGCUGCGCAACAUCCAGAGCGUAAUCCACGUAACGCGCCAGAACAUCGACGCCCUGAAUAAUCGGUUCGCAGGCUUCCAGGACCCGCCCUCGAUCUAUUUAAGCGAGUAUCAUGAGCUGACCUCGAAGCUCCACGAGCUCGAGUCCAAGGAGCAGAAGCUAAACGAACUCUUGAGCAGCAUGACCGAGUCGGGACCCGGCGCCUCGGCCAUGCACCCGGGCCCGGGACCCAAAUUUCAACGCGGCAGUCCACGCACGCCCCACAAAUCCCUGCUGCGCGCCCACCUGCCCAAUCAGCAGCGCACCAGCGUCCAGGUGCGCGAGGGCCUCUCCCUCAGGGACGCCCUCGCCAAGGCCAUGAAGCUGCGCAAUCUCACGACCGAGAUGUGCGUCGUGGACAUCAUAGCGAUGGACGACGCCAAGUACCCCAUCCCCUGGGACGCGGACAUCUCCUCCCUCGAGUGCGACGAGAUAUCGGUAGAAAUAUUGGACAAGUUCCCGAUCGCCACCUCGAUAUCCCACAACUUCGUCCGUAAGACCUUCUUCUCCCUGGCGUUCUGCGAGUGCUGCCACAAACUACUCUUCCAGGGCUUCUAUUGCCGCACCUGCAAUUACCGCUUCCAUCAGCGGUGCGCCAAUGGGGUGCCGGCCCUCUGUCACCAAGUUCGCAUGCAGGAUGCCUACUACCAGGCUCUGCUGGCCCAUAAUCCCGAGACCAGCGCCGGCAUCCUUCAGCUGCCCUCGGGCUACGGGCUCGGUCGGGGCAUGCAGUCCUCGCGGGCGCCUCGACAGUCACGCGGUCUUGGCCAGCAGGACCGCUCGAGUUCCGCGCCAAAUGUCUGCUUCAACACGGUAAAGCCAGGGCCGGGCUGCGAGCCCGUCAAUCUCGAGGAGUACAGCCGCGUUCAGGGCCUCGGUCGCGUCGUCGGCCCCGCCCAGUCCACGGUCUCGCCGGCUUGCAGCCCGACCAAGCACAGCCAGUCGACGCAGGCCAGUCCGACCAGCACCCUAAGGCCCAAGAGGCCCCGGGCGCGAUCCGCGGACGAGAGCUCGAAGAACCUGCUUGCGCCGCGCGAAUCCAUCGAGGACUGGGAGAUCCCCGCGGACGAGAUCCUCGUGGGGGCGCGUAUCGGCUCGGGCUCCUUCGGCACCGUCUACAAGGCACACUGGCACGGCCCCGUCGCCGUUAAGACCCUCAACGUCAAGAUACCGACCGCGGCCCAGCUCCAGGCCUUUAAGAACGAGGUGGCGGUGCUGCGCAAAACGCGCCACGUCAACAUCCUCCUCUUCAUGGGCUGCGUGAGCAAACCCCAGCUGGCGAUCGUAACCCAAUGGUGCGAGGGCUCCUCGCUUUACAAGCACUUGCACGUCUUCGAGUCCAAGUUCCAGCUGCUGACGCUCAUCGAGAUCGGCAGACAGACCGCCCAGGGCAUGGAUUACCUGCACGCCAAGAACAUCAUCCACAGGGACCUCAAGAGCAACAAUAUAUUCCUGCACGACGACCUCACCGUUAAGAUCGGGGACUUUGGUCUCGCGACCGCCAAGACGCGCUGGUCCGGCUCGCUCCAGUUUCACCAGCCGACGGGCUCGAUACUCUGGAUGGCUCCCGAGGUCAUUAGGAUGCAGGAGGAGAACCCCUACAGCUUCCAGUCCGACGUCUACGCGUUCGGCGUUGUGCUCUUCGAAUUGCUGGCCGGGCAGUUGCCUUACUCCCACGUCAACAACAAGGAUCAGAUAUUGUUCAUGGUCGGCCGGGGCUACCUCCAUCCGGACCUCAACAAGCUCAGGUCCGACUGCCCGAAAGCCCUCAGACGGCUCACGGAGGACUGCAUCAAGUUCUCGCGGGAGGAGAGGCCGAUAUUCAGGCAAAUCCUCGUGAACCUCGAGAGUCUGCUCAGGGGCCUACCCAAGAUCACGAGGUCGACGAGCGAGCCUAACCUCAACAGGACGCAGCUGCAGAGCGACGACUUUCUCUACACCUGCGCUUCGCCCAAGACGCCCGUCAACUUUCACUUCGGAGCCUUCCCCUUUUACCCGAGCGGUGGUAACAUAUGAGAGGGCGAUGGCCGACGCACCGAGCAGGGAAGAAGGAGCGUGACGAUGACGCACUUGGCUCAGCGCAGUCACCUUCAAUGCCUGACUUUUUAAGGACAUUACCGAGAGAAUUGCCGGAUUAUUAUUGCGCGCGAGGAAAGUCGACGACCGACUCUCUUCUCCCUUACUUUACCUCUUCCGUUCU